AUCGAACGUUUUCCGCCUCUGAGGCCUUGACUGUUUAUUCCAUUAAAGUAUAUGCGGUAAUAGCAUACGCCUGUUUGCUUUAUCUAAAUCUCAUACUCGUCAGUUGACGCAGUAAUUUUCCUGCUAGUUAUGGAUUCUCAUGCGUUAUCUCACCAAAAAGAAAUCCGUAGCCACCAAGUUAUUUAUUACUAAAUUAACAUGACACUACUCUAGUGAUCAACGUAAGCAAAUCGAGCAAGCAGUAUAAAUUUGUGUGGAUUAAUUUUACAUUAACUACUAUAGUAUAAAUAAAUAAUGCCUUUGCCAAAGCGUGUAGUGGAGCCAGUACAUAUUACACGCAAUACAGUUUCACAAGCAUCUGCCUAUGGACCUACAUGUUCUGUACCUAAUGAACUUGAAGCUGUUACAAAUGGGACUCUUGCCAAUACUAUACGUCAACUUUCUAGUUUAUCUAAGCAAGCUGAAGAUAUGUUUGGAGAACUUGUUCGGGAAGCACAUUCUCUUACAGCACGAGUUAACUCAUUACAAAUAAGACUAGAUAGAUUGUCUGUUAAUACAAAACAACUAGAUAGUACUGGCGAAGAAGUAUCACUUCAAGACAUUCACAUGAGAAAAGCUUUUAAAAGUGCUGUUGUUUUUGAUCAACAAGUAGUAUCAAGAGAUACAAUGCCUGCACCAAUGCUAGAAAUGUAUUCACAGUGUGAUAAACCUCCACCACUCUACAAACUCAAUCCUUAUAGGGAAGAUGGAAAAGAUGGAAUGAAGUUUUAUACUGAUCCAGAUUACUUCUUUAAUUUAUGGAGAUUAGAAAUGCUUAAAGACACAGAAAAGAUGAUGCAUGACCGUGGAAAAAAGCCACAUAGACCUAAAGCUGAAGGUGGAGGUAACCGUCAUAAAAAAAGGGUUAGACAACCUUAUAGUACAAGAGAAAGACAACGACAACUUGCUACACAACAUGGUGAAUAUAUUAUGCCACAAGAUAAUUCUCAUUAUAGGGCUCCACAUCAGCCAUAUGAUUAUACCGAAGAAAGUACAAUGAUGUUAGGUGUAUCUAUGAAUGAACAGCGACCAUCUCGACCAAAUAGUAUUGAAUUACGUAGAUCUUAUGGAUCUGAAAUUCCUCAAAAUCAUCACUUGAACAACACGGUAGAUGGACGAAUAUAUAGUCCUCCUCCAAUGAAUAUCAUUGAAAGCAAUAAUUAUGCUUCGCCACUUAGUAACAAUAUUAUUUAUGAUGAAAAUUCUGGAUAUAAUAGUCAAACACAACAAAAUAACUAUCAAUAUGCUGGUAGUAUGGGUGAAGUUUUAAGUCCAUUAGGUACUCCUAGCAGAGGUGGAAGAAUCAGGCCAACUCAACCACCACCAGCUCCGCCAAGCAAUACUAAUUCAAAUAAUAGUACCCCUACUGUUUCAUCUGCAAGCACGCCAACACGUGGCCGUAGCUUGAGUUCAAAUCGUGAAACAUUACCUCCACCACCACCUCCACCAAUUGAAAACAAUAUAUCUUAUUCAGAACCCUUACCUCCACCACCUCCUCCAGUUUCAAUUAGUCCACCUAUUCCAUCUGCCAACAUUCCUCCACCUCCACCAUUGCCACCAAUGCCUGAUUUACCUACAUCAAUUGCUAAUGGCGAUAUCAAGUCACCGCCAAAACAAAAAUCUCCUCCUAAUCACAUUAUUCAAUCAAAACCAUUAAUUCUUCCAUCUGAUCAUAAUAAUAUGAGGCAACUUAAUGGUAUCAUGAAUGAUGUUAAUACUACAGUGACCAACAUAAGCAGUGGUACAGUGAGUGCUUUAAGAAAAACACCUGGUCCUGGACAUGUUCCUCACUAUGAUCCAAGAAGUGAUUUAUUAAAAGCUAUUAGAGAUGGUGUUGAAUUGAGAAAAGUUGAAAAAAUUAAACAAAAAGAAGGUGAAAAAAGUAAUGCAUUACAUGAUGUUGCUUCAAUUUUAGCUCGCCGGGUGGCUGUUGAGAUAUCGGAUUCUGAUUCUGCUUCAGGAAGUGAAUAUGAUAGUGAUGGUUGGGCUGAAGAAACUUGUGCUUAGAUAAUUUCAAAUAAAGGGUUUAGUGAAUAUGAAAAAAAUUCCUUGUAGCUCUAUUUUUAUUGCAAAUAGCUACCAUUCCAAAGUUAUAAAGCCUUUUACUCUUUUUUAUGAACUACAUAUCUUAAAUCAAUAAACAUAUUUUUGUAUGAUGACAAAAUAAUACAGUUUUUACUUGUAGAGCUAAUCAUAUAAAGCUCUAUUUCAUAAGACUUUUUAGUAAAGAUCUAGAUUUGAUGAAUAUAGCAUGUAAUAUUAAUCAAAACUAUAGAUUUAUGACUUAUCUUUCUCGCACACAUUAAUAUAAUUCUGUAGUUCUUCAUUUUUGAACCCCUCUGUUGGUCAACAAUUCUGUUUUACUUUAUUAUAAUACAAUAAAUUUAAUUAUACACACACACACACACAUAUAUAUAUAUAUAUAUCCAAUAUAUUUAUGUAUUAAUACUUAACUAAAUUCAAGUGCCAAAUUUCCUGAUGAUACAGAAUUACUAUUUAAAAUUUAGACUUCUUAGAUAUUGAUUGAUGUUUAUUGUGAUGCUAAGCAGAAUUUUCAACAAUUGUUAAAUAAAUAAUAUAAUUGACUUAAAAAAUUAUAUUAUUUAGACAGUUAAUUUGAAAUUGAUUAAAUGGAUUUAAAAGAAAGCAA